AUGGCUCUGGUGGCAAGCUCCUGGCGUGAGUCCUCGCUCGUGAACCCGAUACCCACCAGCCUGAACUCUUUGCCUAAUGGCCUCAACCCCCUGCCACCGACCGUCGGGUCGGGUAAUUUGAACCCGCUGCCCACGAACAUUAACCCUAUUACUAUCGAAAAUCCCGAUAUAGCGCUCAUCAACCGCCAGACACCCUCGCAGAACUCGCAGAACAGUGCCAACAGUGCCGAUAAGAACCAGAACAUCGAGUGCGUUGUGUGCGGGGACAAGAGCUCUGGCAAACACUACGGCCAGUUCACGUGUGAAGGUUGCAAGUCAUUUUUUAAGAGAAGUGUCCGAAGGAAUUUAACGUACUCGUGUAGGGGUAGCAGGAAUUGCCCCAUAGACCAACACCAUAGGAACCAGUGCCAGUACUGUCGAUUAAAAAAAUGCAUGAAAAUGGGCAUGCGACGAGAAGCCGUCCAAAGGGGAAGAGUACCGCCAUCCCAACCGUCGCUUCCAGGUCUGUCGAAUCAGUUCCUCAACUCCACGGACUCGGUGACGACGUCCCUGAGCAACCACACGUACCUUAGUAGUUACAUAUCGUUGUUAUUAAGAGCGGAACCAUACCCGACAAGUAGAUACGGCCAGUGCAUCCAAACGAACAACAUCAUGGGAAUAGACAACAUAUGCGAACUGGCGGCCAGGCUACUUUUCUCGGCAGUCGAAUGGGCGAGGAACAUCCCUUUCUUUCCGGACCUCCAAGUCACUGACCAGGUGGCGCUGCUGAGACUAGUGUGGUCGGAGCUGUUCGUUCUGAACGCGAGUCAGUGCUCCAUGCCGCUCCAUGUGGCACCCCUCAUAGCAGCGGCUGGGCUCCACGCCUCGCCUAUGUGCGCGGAUAGGGUGGUUCAGUUCAUGGACCACAUUAGGAUAUUUCAGGAACAAGUAGAAAAAUUGAAAGCCCUGCACGUAGACUCAGCUGAAUAUUCUUGCCUCAAAGCGAUAGUGCUCUUCACGACUGAUGCGUGCGGACUGAGCGACGUCGCCCACAUAGAGUCCAUCCAGGAGAAGUCGCAGUGCGCCCUAGAGGAGUACUGCAGGUCCCAGUACCCCAACCAGCCGACCAGAUUCGGGAAGCUGCUGCUGCGUUUGCCGAGUUUACGGACUGUCAGUUCUGCGGUGAUCGAACAAUUGUUUUUCGUCAGGCUCGUGGGGAAGACGCCCAUCGAGACCCUGAUCAGGGACAUGCUUCUGUCCGGCAGCUCCUUCUCGUGGCCGUACAUGUGAUACUUGAAACUGUACUAGGUGUACUAGUCAAAAAUGCCGUUAAAUAAUCCUUCUUUACCUGGUUUUUGCUCCUAGCGAUCGCGAGUUCGGUGGUUGAUCAAGAUUUGGUAGACGUGAGACUUAUUCCGUGUUUCGGUCGACAUAUCAAAAAGGGGCAAGGUUCGAGCAAAUAUCAAAUUGCCAAAUAUGAACUGAGGUUAAUACCCAGACGAAAUGAAUGUUCCUUUUUAUAUCAAAAUGAGACGGAUAAGCGACAGGCUUAGGUUUACGAACGUAGGUAUAUAUAAAUGUAUUAGUAAUAUAUUUUAUUGGAUUUGUACCAUAUGUAAAUAUCUAAUGUCUCAUAAAUAAGUACAUAUUUUUAUUGGUAUCUGCAUUGUUUACAAUAUAAUAGCUAAUUUUUUGUACAGCCAGACCUGGACUCUAAAGGCGUAACCGUUCUACCACAUCGUACUCAUAAAUUUUCAUACCAAAGACAACUGAUUGUUCUUCUUGUUAUCCCCUAGUAU